UAAGGUAUUCGCGAAGAUGAAGCAGAUCGCUGUUGUCGUUUGCGCACUAGCGUUUGCUGCAGUCGAGGCUGCCUUCCCCUUCCCGAACUGGGACCUAGACUUCUGCCCGAUAGUCGAGUCCGACAGCCCAUGGAAGUAUACUUUCUAUCCCGAGGCGGAACGUUCAGCCAUAACCGUCUACCUGACCGGCUGUCGUGACGGACCGUGCACGGAGGAAGGAGCCAAGCGUGUGUUUCCUGACAAUGCGAAAUUGGCGGGUCGACUGUGGGACAUGAUACAAGGGCGAAAGUCUGUCCCCCUCAAUGACCCAAGUUGGUGCUGCUACAAAAAUGAGUCUGGAAAGAGAGUUUGUCCGGGAGAAUAGAUUCGCAUCCAUCGUCGAUUUGAUAUUCAGUAAUAAAUUUGUCUUAACACUA